UCUACUUCCUAAAUCUCCCGUGGGUCACUACUGCUCAUGAUCUGCUCCUCACACGUCCUCUUAUCUCUUUACACACUACACCCAUCUCCCUCGCAACCCGCGUUAUUUCCGUAUCGAUGGAACCUCUGAAAAGGCGCGAUCAUCCUCCAAUCCUGGUUUUAGGUGACCAGGGCUUGGGCAAGUCACUUCUCCUCGAAGCACUUUUUGGCACGGACGAGUCCAACAGCGAUUUCAACCGUCGACAACAAGCUAUCAAUUCGCGUAUCACUUCAAUGCGUAACAGAACCAAGAAACCAAUUGAUCGGGUGCCGAAGACAGCGGCAAAACGAACUGGUUCUAAAAACAGACGUGCGAUCAGGGCAUUUCCGAGGACGUACUCUUCGCCGGCCGACCCAAGCGCGCCCUCUUUCGUUACCUCGCUCCCCUCAGAAGUCAGAAAUCGAAUCUAUGAUCUUGUUGUCGCCUUCUCCCCGGGGGAUUUGGAGAUAUUUUCUGGACUGCGCACACCCAUAGUAGCUGUCAGAUCAAAACUCGCACUGGCGCGUGGACUACUUUACAGCUGCCGUCAAAUCCACUACGAAGCUGCCAGCACUUUCUAUUGCCAAGUCAAGUUUGUCGCUAUGGCCUGGUCUGGGCGUGAUUUCUUCACGGAAUGGUGCGAGCAACUAGGGUCUCACAUUCAUCUGCUGAGGAAGGUCACGAUCGAUUACACCGCUUUGGCGUUCGAGCUGUCAGGACAUCACUGGGAUGGCAGAUCAAAAGCCUUUGACGUGCUCCCAGUAUUACGGCUACUAUGGGCAGAGUCUGGAGCAAUGUUGCAAGUCUCGAUGAAGCCGCCGUUUCCUAGUGAUGGACCUACCACGUUCGAGAAUACAUUCCGAUCUAUUGCUUAUGACGACCAACUGAGUCUCAGAAGAUACUCAGCCUCAGUACAUCUGCUUGCAGCAGUGAACAUGGGACAAGACGGGAAGUCGGGCGUGGUCAUCUUCGCAAGCACAUCACCAGAGUUGGACGUACAGCGAACUUUCACCUCUUCAAAUGAAGGAACACUCGUCACGAUGGAGCAACACCCACGUAUCCGAAGUCUUCUAGACUUACCAGAUCUUAUCUAUUGCGUCAUUAUUUCCUACGCAUAUCCUGCUGGAACCGAGCUCGUCACCUACCCGCAUGCUACAAGACUGCCGCCUUGGACAUCAUCCAUGUUCCAGAUCAACCGCAAAAUGCGGUCAGACGCUACAGAACAUGCAUUUCGAACUAGUCGUUUCGCUUUCGUUCUUAACUUCAAGGGUCUACAGUCGAAAUUCGAUGACCUUCCCCUCAUGUGGCAAUCCAAUAUUGCAAUGGUUGAAUUCAAAACUAAACCUUGGCACUCUAUCUACGAUGUCUUCCGCCGGGCUAAUCAUUUCAAGCUGCUGCUAGAAUUCGAUGUUCGAUCGCAUACAAUCAGCCUGGGAAACUUUCGCAUGAAUGUCAUAGAGCUCCUUCAUGCCACGUCUCGAUUACCUUCGUUCAUGAUCAUAACUGUACGACUACGCGCAUCACUCAAGGGAGAUAGGAUCAUCGGCGAGCACUCGUUCACAAUCAACCAGCUAAGACUAAGCGUCUUCAUCGCUCUUUCUCAGAUCUUCGAGCAUGAAGAAUACAGAGCACAUGCGCGCUGUUCAGCUAUUUACAUCAACGGCAGGGGACAUCCCGUUGGAUACGUCUUCCCCGUAGAUGGUGUCAUCAGGAAGUUGUCAGACCGGACCGGAGUGUUCACAAACGAAGAGGUGGCAUUGGGAAGAGCGGAAGAAUAUCUGCGCAGCUUGCGAUAUGAGCCGCAACCAUUCCUGGUCAAGUUCCUACCAAAGGGCUGCGUGAUGCUUGGCGAACUGUGGGAUCGUGUCGGACUCAUGAUCUGGCCUGUAUCUGACCAGCCCAGUGACCCGUAGUUCCAAGUACAAUCGUCCAGCUAGUGACCCCGUCUCCUUCCUUCGGAGCGAGGCUUUUCAUGUACGUACCAAAGGGUUAACAAACAUCAAGACGAUGGC